AUGUCACCCUCCCAAACCUCCGCUCGCCAGCCUCAGGCAAAGACCGCGUGCCCUGCUCACACCGGCCGUGGCUGCGCUGCUGCGGCUCCCACCGACGAUACCACUCCUAUCGAGACCAGCCGUUUUGCAUGUCUUCGCCGUGCCGAAUCGCCCUUCGACCAGCAACGCAUCGACCUCAAGCUCACUAUGAUCAACGAGAAAAUCGCCUUUGCCAGUGAGCUGGUCAAGCGCUUUGGCCCGCAAAUGGUCUCGUCUACACCCAUCGAGAUUACCCUCACCGUACCUGCAAUCUGGAGCGAUACUGCGAAGGAUACUACCUUUAGGGUCGCCCAAAAGGCGGGCAUGGGAUCCAACCUCCGCAUGAUCAGUGAGCCCGAGGCUGCCGCUAUCUACGCCCUGACUGUAAUGGCCGAAGACAGCAACGUGCUACAAGUCGGAGACAAUUUCAUUGUCUGUGACGCUGGUGGGGGACCACUGAUUUGGCUUCAUUCGAAGUUCGCUCCAAAUCACCUCUGA